AUGUCACGACCGACGUCUGCAGAUGUCAUCGCGACUGGUGCCUAUCUGCAACCUGGCUUCGACGCCAACAGGCUUACGAUGGCCCAACUUCGAUCGCUGGUGCAACUGUUCGACGCAGUGUUGUUAUCGAGGGUCCAUCAGCCAGCGGGCCUCGACGGCUUCGCGCACCUUGAAGCCCCAAAGGAGCCACCGACACAGCCUGUUUUGAGUCACCCAAUGCGAGUUGGAGAAGAAUCUCCGAGGAGUGGCGCCCGCUCCCCUGCCGGUUAUGGCCAAGCCGCCAAUAUGGGCCAGACCUCCACCCAAUCUGGUAAUAAGUCGGCGACGGCACCGCGGUCGUCCUCCUCCCGAGAGUAUCCAGGACCCAUCGGCGCGAACGUGUUCCAGCGGAGUGCUCGGAGUUCACCCGGGCCAGAGGCCUCCGGUCCUCGCCUCUCAACGCCACAGGGAACCUUGUCAAGUGGCCCUCAACGCCUUGAUGGCUCAGGCUGGAUCAACGACAACAUAUUUCAGACUGGUUCCAAGCGCUCUCCUGAUUCUCAUCAUUUGGCUCGCAGGAAGACAAACGCUUCGCUACACACUCCUAGCGGGCCCCAGGCUGUCGCUGACAGUCAUCGCAAGAACUCGGGCUGGAUCAACGACAACGUCUUUCAGAGCGAUUCCAAGUACUCGCCUGGGCCUCGCAGGAAGACAGGCGCUUCGCCACAAGCUGUAGGCGGACUUCAGACUGUCGUUGACGGUCACAGGGGUUCAGGCAGCAUGGACGGCGAUGUCUUUCAGUCUGGUGCCAAACCGUCUCCGGUGCCUCACUCGCCCCCUGACCGUCCCAAGAAUUCGGGCCUGACUAACGAGGCUCCUCGGACACGCAUCGCACAAAGUCAUCUACGUGAAUCGCACACGACCAACGGGAUUGGCGCGGACGAAGCGCAGCGAUUCGGUAUGCCAGUUUACGCGUUGGAGAGCGCCGUCGAGCAGCGUAUACGGGCAAGUUUCUACGAUCUACAGGAUCCGCUUUCUCCCUCCGCUGACGUCUACGCCCAGCCCGAGUGGCUUCCCAUGCUUCAUGAGGUCUUGGACGAGUUGAUCAAGGACCCAAGCCGUGACAAAGCUCUCAUAGUCGAGAGGAAUAUACAUGGAGAGCUGUACAUUGCGCAUCGGCAGCCGCACCUGACCUGGGCGUGCAUGCUCAAGCUAAAAGUCGGGGAUGCAUGGACGGGUUGGAAGCGCUAUAUCAUUACUGGCGGACUAGCCGUGGUUGGGCUUUCGAUAUUCAAGCGGCGACAGCGCGUUACGGCCGUCGAGACGGAUCGCGUCACACAAGCCGUCGAGACAGUCUUCGCAGGACUAAAGAAUCAGUCGCGCAUCCACAAUCGGGACCCGACGGCCGCACGGGCCGCGCAACGGUACCUGGUCUCAUUACACAUGCGCGACGAUCUACUACAGGACAUGCAUUCAGUGGCGGCUCGUCAGCGAAUUUGGACCAAAGUAGAACGAAUAGUGGAGGCCAAUGCGAACGUACGCACUUCUCUUGAGGAGACUGACGAGGGAGAAGAGAUGCGCGUCUGGAGGUGGCUGGGCUCAUUCUCUGACUAA